GGACAGCUGGCAUGCUACGGAAGUGUUUCCGUGCGUGCGGCCCUGUAAUCUCCCUGUCUCCGGUGUGCUACUUGACAAUUUUGGCUAAAAACAGGUGGAUGACAACAAUUUCCAUUGCAAGCAGUUAGGUAUCACUUUCGCUGAUUGUAGUCAGAGAUGGGAGCGAACAAUAGCAGGCGCCGCGUCUCCUUUGAGUCGGAUGAAAAUGACAACAUCACAGUUGUGAAGGGCAUAAGGCUCUCUGAGAAUGUCAUCAACCGAAUGAGGGAGCCCAUAGCUCCCCUUCUUCCCCCCUCCCUUCCACAGGUCCCACCCCCUGUUGCUGCUCCCUCCUCCCUCCUCAUUCCAGUGCCUCCCCUCAGACCCCCCUUCGAUCCCAUCACCUCGCUUCCACCCAUAGAACCCAUCGCACUACCACCUCAACCUCCUGCACCUGUCACUGAAGUAGUGGCUCCACCUCCACCCCCCAUGGAACAGGUAGCAGCUCCGACCAUCAUUGACAUGGUGAUCCCGCCUCCUACCUUAGCUGCUUUAAAGCCUGCGGCAUCCCCUCCACCACCUGCAUCUGUUGAGCAGCCUACAGUCAAACCCAUCGCUCCGCCUCCUCCCCCAGCUGAAUUCAUUGCUCCUACCCCUUGUGAACCCAUUGCCCCUCCUCCUCAGCCCCCAGUGGAAGCUUUUGCUCCUCCUCCCGCCCCAGUACCAGUGGAAGUUGUUGGCCCCCCUCUUCCUCCUCCCACCCCAGAGCCAGAACCAGUGGCGGUAGCACCGCCAGCAGCACAUGCAGUUGAUGAAGAGAAGCUGAGGAAGAAGAUCACAGAGGAUCUGCAGAAAGGCCUGUUGAAGGAGAGGGUGAAGGCUGAGCAGGAGCUGCAAGCAUGGCUGGAGGAGGAGAAGGUCCAUGCUGCAUCCUUUGCUGAGGCUGAGGCCCAGGCCAGUGUGAAGGAUGAGGUGGGUCGUAUCCUGGAGCUGGAGAGAGCCACGACCCAUAAUACCCUGACGCAGGCUGUCAUGAGGGAGAAGGUCAGCGCUGAGGACGAGAGGCUACGCACCCAGCUUUACGCCAAGCAGCUGGAGCUCAGAGACCAGGAACUGAAGAAACAGGAUGCCUUCUACAGGGAACAGGUUGCCAGGCUGGAGGACAGGAGUGCUCAGUUCUACAAGCUGUCCACAGAGAACUACCACAAGGCUGCCGACGGAAUCAACGCAAAGUUCAAGCGGUUUGAGGUGAGUCCAGUGUGUGCUGAUCUGCAGGGUCAGAUCCUGAAGUGCUACCAGGAACACAGUGGGAAGACGCUGCUCUGCUCCACCAUCGCCUCCCGCUACCUGCAGUGUGUCAACCAAGCUAAACAGAACAAGUUGAGGACUGGGGGCUAAGAGUGAGGUGCUGUGGCAUUACGGUUUAUCAACCCUUUAUCGACUGCAAAUGAGAGGAGAGGAGAGGAAGCACCAGAGAUCGCAACCCCGACUCGAGGUAGAAACCAAACCGCAACCCGACCAGAACCAGGAACACAAGACAACCAGACAACCCUGAGAGAGAUGGACACCCCUUAGCCCAACACCCUUCUCCCCCACUGACCCCCAAACCCGUUACUCCUUCGUAAGAUCCCACCUACAGUACCUACACCCCUUCUCCCCCACCCCACUCCACUGCAUGUCUAUCUCUACUACCAAGAGGGAGGAGGACAACGGUAGCACUUCCUAAAGAGUACAGUGCAGUAGCUCCACCACGCAGUAGCUCCAUCACGCAGCAGCUCCAUCACGCAGCAGCAGCAGUAGGAGUGCAACUGUCCGCCAUGUUGGAGACGCAUGAAUACAUGCAGAGACAGAGAGUUUAAGCCUAGGCGGAGUCCACCAGAACCAAUGCAGGCCCAGAGCUGAAGAUAUCCUCACAGACUGAACCACUAUCAUUACCAACACGCACCACCACCCAACCAGCUCACCCCUCUUACAAAGCCACUAGUCCACCCCAUCACCACCCAACCAGCUCACCCCUCUUACAAAGCCACUAGUCCGCCCCAUCACCACCCAACCAGCUCACCCCUCUUACAAAGCCACUAGUCCACCCCAUCACCACCCAACCAGCUCACCCCUCUUACAAAGCCACUAGUCCGCCCCAUCACCACCCAACCAGCUCACCCCUCUUACACAAGCCACUAGUCCACCCCAUCACCACCCAACCAGCUCACCCCCUUACAAAGCCACUAGUCCGCCCCAUCACCACCCAACCAGCUCACCCCUCUUACAAAGCCACUAGUCUGCCCCAUCACCACCCAACCAGCUCACCCCUCUUACAAAGCCACUAGUCCGCCCCAUCACCACCCAACCAGCUCACCCCUCUUACAAAGCCACUAGUCUGCCCCAUCACCACCCAACCAGCUCACCCCUCUUACAAAGCCACUAGUCCGCCCCAUCACCACCCAACCAGCUCACCCCCUUACAAAGCCACUAGUCCACCCCAUCACCACCCAACCAGCUCACCCCUCUUACAAAGCCACUAGUCCGCCCCAUCACCACCCAACCAGCUCACCCCUCUUACAAAGCCACUAGUCCGCCCCAUCACCACCCAACCAGCUCACCCCUCUUACAAAGCCACUAGUCUGCCCCAUCACCACCCAACCAGCUCACCCCCUUACAAAGCCACUAGUCCGCCCCAUCACCACCCAACCAGCUCACCCCUCUUACAAAGCCACUAGUCCGCCCCAUCACCACCCAACCAGCUCACCCCUCUUACAAAGCCACUAGUCCGCCCCAUCACCACCCAACCAGCUCACCCCUCUUACAAAGCCACUAGUCCGCCCCAUCACCACCCAACCAGCUCACCCCUCUUACAAAGCCACUAGUCCACCCCAUCACCACCCAACCAGCUCACCCCUCUUACAAAGCCACUAGUCCGCCCCAUCACCACCCAACCAGCUCACCCCUCUUACAAAGCCACUAGUCCGCCCCAUCACCACACCUCUAUCAUAAACCUACAUGAUCACAUGACUUCUAUCCACCAGGCUUCACCCUACUGUAUCCCUCUAUCCACUAUAUAAACCUACAUGAUCACAUGACUUCUAUCCACCAGGCUUCACCCUACUGUAUCCCUCUAUCCACUAUAUAAACCUACAUGAUCACAUGACUUCUAUCCACCAGGCUUCAUCCUACUGUAUCCCUCUAUCCCUGUGCACUGUCCUGCACACACACCAUUGUGUCUGAGCGUUGUGUGUGUUCCAGUGUGUUAGUAAUGCAUCUACUUGUUUUGUUUUCAUCCCAACCGUGUCACAAUCACUUCUGACAUGUCUGAUCAGAGGAAAUUAAAGAAUGAAUCUGGAAUUUA